AUGUUCAGCUCAGCUCAACGACCUAUGAAGAAGGGAGGAAAAUUUAUAGAAAUUUCAUAAAUUUUAUCCAAAAAUGUAAAAUUUUAUUGAAUUAGUUUAGACAAUAACAUCAGCGUGAGUUAUAAACCAAGUUUUGUUAGUUCACAAUCCAAGAUCUAACCACGUAAUAGGAGAUCUUUUAGUGUUGGAGACUUUAAAAUUAAAUUUAAUAGAGCUAUCAGAAGAUAAUUAAUCAACUUAAAUUUUCCAAGUACCCUUAUAAAUUAAUUAUAGAAAAGUUGAAGGAGUCCUACUCAUUGAGAGAAUACUAAAAUAUUUCAAUAAAUUUGAUGGGAAAAAAUUUACUUAAAAAUUUGUUAUCACACAUGCUCAAUAUUUUCAAAAACGUGAAUACACUCAUAAGUGGUUUGAUGUGGUAUUUUUUUGUCCAAUAUUACGAAGAAAUCUAGAACUUAAAAGACUAAAGCAAUUUUAUCUUCAAGAUAAAUGAUUGUAUUGGGACAUUUAAACAGUUUCUGUCAUAGGAUAUGGAUAUGUGUCUAUUUAUACUUUUUUAUAAUAUAGUCUUGUGCUCAUUUGGCUCUUUUUGGAGUAGGAUUUUAUUCAUUUACUAUUGGUAAUCUAGCUUAAAUGUUAGAAUAAUAAUUAUCAUCUAAAAUCAUCUAAUUAAUUUGGAUAUUAUUAUCAGGGGUAUCAAAAUUAUUACCUUUCAUGAUACAUUGUUCUAUUCAAAGUGUGAAAUCAUAUAUUAUAUUGGAUCACUAGGAUAUUUAUAUUCUGAUAGUAGGAGAAGUAUUAGGUGAGAUUUUGUAUUGAAUAAGGUCAAAGUCUCUUAAAUUUAAUUGAAGGUAGCAAAUUUGGUGAAAUCGAAAUAUUAGAUGAAGAUAUGAGAAAAUAAAGUGCAAUUGCAAUAAAAAAUUUCUUUUUUAUUAUAUUUUUUGUUCAGGUGUUUUUAGUUAUUAAUUUGGCAGAUUAGAAUCUACUUCUGAAAUAGAAUAAUUAGGUUUAAGGAGAAAAAUUUUAAUCAAGGAAAGCUAUUUCUAAUUCGAUCCACUUUUAUUUACUAUAUUUCUUAAAAAAUCAAAAGGUUCUUACCAAAAAUUAUACAAUUUUUCUAAAAUAAAAAUUGAAAAUUUCUAACAACCUAAGUGAGUUUAUUAAAUAUACAAAACUAUUGUUGUAAUUUGCAAAAGCAGUAGGUUAGUUAAGUUAAAAUGAAUAACAUAAACCAAGAGACAGAAGUAACAAUAUUAUGGUAAAGGGGUUUAAAUAUAGUAUUUAAUUUAAAUUUUUAAAUGAGGUUACAAAAGUAUAUUUUAGCAGAAAUUAAGAAAGAAAAUGGACACUUUUUUCAAAAAUUUAGAAAUGCUGGUUAGAUAGUGAUGAAAUUUAACAAACAAUAAAAGAAACUUCAUAAAAGGGAAGGUAUAAUUAUCUAGGGUUGAUAAUCACUAAUAAUGUCAAAGAAGAGAUGUAGAAUAAGUUUAUAAUAACUAAAGAAAUAUUUAAAUUGUAAAAGGAAAAGACAAAUAAUUAAAACAGUAAAGUAAAUAAUUUGUGUAAAAUCGGGAUUAUAAUCUAAAAUUCUUAUUACUCCUUCACCAUAUUAUUAUCCGUUAUAAAAGGAGGAAAAAUAAUAAAUUUAGAAAAAAAAGAAAAAGAAGCUGAAAAAGGAUAGAAACAAAAGAUGAAGAAAAUUGAUUAAUUUUACCAAAUCAGGAAGUUCAAUGAUUUUUUGAAUAAACUCUAAAAUGAAUUGAUUUUUUUUAACAAUCUUAAAGCAGAGCUAAGGUAUUGGUAAAUGGAAGUGGUUGGAGUGUAUUUUUAAACCUAGUUAUGA